CAAAAACCCAAACACACUCACACCUCAAACCCCAGAGAAUCUACUGUGUGGCUGUCCUUUACCAAUCUCAAAACUCUCUCAACUUGUCCCUCUUGAAGCUCUCCUGCCAAGUCAUCCGGUUCACCUUGGCAUCGCUCUCUUUUCCACUCUUUUCAGGCGCUGUCUCCAGUUUUGGGAUCCUCAUUUCUUCUCCAUCCGACCACAAGCAUCGACCCAGACAUUUCUUGUGCCACCUCUCUUUGUUCUACAUACAAUAAUCAUAUGGGUAUGUUCCUUUCCUUUUCCUCCUUUCAUACACUUGUCCAUCCACCGUGUGUACCACGCCGGUUGUGUCACUCGACACUGCACCUUUCCAUGUUAAUUCCCUCGGGCCCUUGAAGCACCAGCAUCCGCACCCCGUGGUCUGCCUCUUCUAUACCGCCCCUCUCCUCUGAAAACCGACCGUUCGAGCUAACUCAGAGGACUUCGCCAUGUCGGCGACGUCCAACAAUAUAGCUGCAAGCAAGAUACGCAAGAAGUUCACUCUGACUGCCACCGACUCGAUGCCUCAAGAACACGGUCUCAACGGCGACGCCGAACCCAACGAGAGGACCAACCUCAUCUCCAGACAUUUCUCCACCGACUCGGGCACUCCCUACUACAGCCAUGACAAUGUCCUGAUAAGAUAUCCAUUCGCCCUUUUACACACCACCUGGGAAGUCUUGAAGACAAAUUAUGUCAAUGUCCUCCUGGUCUUUGUUCCUAUUGGAAUCCUCUCUGGCGUCCUGAGCUGGUCACCAGUCGCCCAAUUUUGUCUCAAUUUUGUCGCCAUCGUCCCUCUGGCCUCCCUCCUCGCUUUCGCGACCGAGGAACUCGCCGUUCCACUCGGACAAACACUCGGUGGUCUGCUAAAUGCCACUUUUGGAAAUGCCGUUGAACUCAUUGUCAGCAUCAUCGCUCUACGAGCAAACGAAAUUCGCAUCGUACAAGCUUCUAUGCUCGGCAGCAUCUUGUCCAAUAUCCUCCUCGUCCUCGGCUGCUGUUUCUUCGCUGGUGGUAUGAAUCACUCAGAGCAGAGUUUCAACUCCACUGUCGCAUCCACCAUGUCUUCCCUGAUGACCGUCGCAACCUCCUCCCUCAUCAUCCCUGCGACCUUGUACGCCGUCAUGGACAAGAGCGAUGCUCAAGAGGAUAACAUCAUGAUCCUCUCCCGCGGCACAUCCAUCAUUCUCCUCCUCAUCUAUGUUGCCUACCUGUACUUCCAGCUUAAAUCACAUGCACACUUGUUUGACGACGCCGAGGCUCAAGAGCAAGAAGGCGUCGAGGCCGAGGUUCUAGGCCCCUGGGCUGCCGGUUUCGCCCUCGUCUUUGUCACCGUCCUGGUCGCCAUAUGCGCAGAAUACCUGGUCGACAGCAUCGACUCCAUCGUCGAAGAGGCCCACAUCAGCAAGACUUUCAUCGGUUUGAUCCUGAUUCCUAUUGUUGGAAACGCCGCAGAGCACGUCACCGCCGUCAUUGUAGCCUGGAAGAACAAGAUGGAUCUGGCCAUUGGUGUCGCCAUUGGCUCCAGCUUGCAGAUUGCUCUGUUUGUCACUCCCUUUCUGGUUGUCCUUGGCUGGAUCAUGGAUCGACCCAUGACCUUGCAUUUCGAGACCUUUGAAACCGUUUCAUUCUUCCUCGCCUCUCUGGUUGUUGUCUUGUUGAUUCAAGAUGGCAAAUCAAAUUACCUCGAAGGCCUCCUGUGCUUGGGCAUGUACUUCAUCAUUGCUCUGGCAUUCUACGUCCUACCCGACGACUUAUCCGGUGGACUUGGCUUUGGAGGCUUUUCGUUUGGUGGCCAAGGCUCAAACUAGACAUCUUUCCUGUUGAAGAUCGCAGGCUUGAUUGAUAUGAUCUCAAGACGAGAUCCCCCCCAACACUCAUCCUUUAUGUGACUUCUUUUGUCUUCCUUUGAUCGACCGUGUUUUCCUUCUGGGCCAGCUUGAUCACGUAUGUUCGAGGCUGUGGACAAAAGGGGAUUCUUGUAAAAAAUUUACAGGCACUUGCGUUGGGCGUUCGGAAUGUCAAGCACAUUUUACUCUCGGCUAGUUAUGGAUCGAACAGUGUCAGUCGUACGGUCUUAGAGCACCAACUCUUCAUAUAUGUACAAAUUGUUUUCAUAAAAAAUGUCAACAGCUACCUAGGUACUAAUUUCCC